AAAGAAAGGACGGAUCGCACCCCCCCCCUUGAUCGGCCACGCUAUUUCCAUGUGGAGGUUGGCUCCAUGGACGUGCCCGAGUGUGCUGCUGCUGCUUCUUAGGCGAUCGGCGGGAUCCUAAAAGGUUGAUGACCAUGGUUGCCAGGACCUGCUCUCUACUAGCACUGCUGCUUUAUCACAUACUGCUGGGCGGUUCGGCCAGCCUCAUCCCGGAGGUGGCCGACAGGAGAAGGUUCAGCGGAGACUUGGGCCGCGUCACUCCCCUGCAACUCUCGGAAGGGAUCCUUCGCGAAUUUGAACUGCGCCUGCUCAAUAUGUUUGGGCUCACACGGCGGCCCACACCAAGCAAGGACAUCAUCAUCCCUCCCUACAUGUUGGAGCUCUACCAUCUGCACACCAGCCAGAAGCCAACGACCAUGGACUAUAACCUGGAGAGGGCUGCCAGCAGAGCCAAUACAGUCAGGAGCUUUCACCAUGAAGAAACUCUAGAAGAACUUCCAGAAAGAAGUGGGAAAACAUCUCGGCGUUUCUUCUUCAACUUAACUUCCAUCCCUGAGGGGGAGUUCAUCACUUCAGCUGAGCUUCAGGUUUUUCGGGAGCACAUCCAAGACGCUUUUGAGAGCAAUGGCAGCUCUUACCACCGUAUUAAUAUUUAUGAAAUUGUAAAGCCAGAGAGAGGGGCCUCCCAGGACCCCAUCACGAGACUUUUGGACACGCGCUUGGUGCAUCAUAACGCCAGCAAGUGGGAAACGUUUGAUGUAACGCCGGCUAUAAUGAGGUGGAUUGCACAUGGACAACCCAACCAUGGUUUUGUGGUAGAAGUGGCUCACUUGGACCCCAGGGAGAGCACUGCCUCCAAGAGGCAUGUCCGGAUCAGCAGGUCUUUGCAUCAGGACGAUGCCAGCUGGUCUCGGAUCAGGCCGUUACUAGUGACCUUUGGGCACGAUGGAAAGGGACACCCUCUCCACAAGAGAGAGAAGCGCCAGGCCAAGCGCAAACACAACAAGCGCAAGUCCAAUUGCAAACGGCAUGAUUUGUACGUGGACUUCAACGACGUGGGGUGGAAUGACUGGAUAGUGGCCCCGCCGGGCUAUAGUGCCUUCUACUGCCACGGAGACUGCCCCUUCCCCUUGGCAGACCACCUGAACUCCACCAACCAUGCCAUUGUUCAGACUCUUGUCAAUUCCGUGAACCCCAAAAUCCCCAAAGCUUGCUGCGUGCCGACGGAACUGAGUCCCAUCUCCAUGCUCUACCUGGAUGAGAACGAAAAGGUGGUACUAAAGAAUUAUCAAGACAUGGUUGUGGAGGGCUGUGGCUGCCGCUGACGUGGCAGCGGGACGGAAAAUGGACCAAUGCAACAAAACAAAACUUGACACUUUAAUAUUUCCCAAUGAAGACCUUAUUUAUGUUAUGAAAUGGAGAAUUAAACGCAUCUAUUUUGAAAAAAAAAAAUCUAUUUAUGUCUACAGAAAAAAAAGCGAGGAAAAAAAUAUUUUAAUCAGAGAAUUAUUCCUUUUAAAGAUUUUUAAACGUAUUAGUUGUACAUUUUAUAUGGGUUUAAGCGCCCCCCCCUUUCCCCCCUCAGCACAUGAAGUAUAAAGGUCAGAUUGUUAUUUUGUAUUUAUUUACUAUUAUAACCACUUUAGAAGAAUAGCUAAUUUGUAUUUAUAUGUAUAAUCAAAAAAAAAGCAGAAGAAAAAAAAUAUAGGGUUUGUACAUAAUUUAAAACAAAUGGUAGCUUCCCCCCCCCCUCUCCUUUUCCAGUGUGUAUUUAAGUAAGUUGUGAUGUGUACAUGGAAGGGUUACUAUGGCAAAGGUGCAUAAUGCAUUUUGCUUUCUGCAGUUCUACUGUUAAGGUCACGAGUGCAAGCCCAAUGAAAAGUGGCUAAUCCGCCCUGCUGACUCAAGAUUAUAUUGUACAAUUCUCAGGAAUGCUGCAGGGUGGGCUGCCCAGUCCAUGAGAAACUGGCAUCCUCCCGGUGGGGAGCAUUUGGAUAAGAACCAGACGGUUGCCGAG